AUGGUAACCGACUCCGAGUACGAUGUAGCAGUAAUUGGCGGUGGGCCCGGCGGUUACGUCGCGGCCAUCAGGGCUGCCCAAUUGGGACUGAAAGCCUGCGUCAUCGAGCGCGACGCCCUCGGCGGUGUUUGUCUCAACUGGGGUUGUAUCCCAUCCAAGGCGCUCCUCAAAAACGCGGAAAUCCUUUCCUACAUUCAUCGCGCGGAUCAAUUCGGCUUGCGGUUUGAUAAUUUCUCGGCCGAUUACAGCGUGGCGGUCGAACGCAGCCGGCAGGUCGUGGACCGCAUGACCAGAGGCGUCGGUUUCCUCCUGCGUAAGAACAACGUCGAGCAUAUUGCCGGUACGGCUCGCCUGACCUCCGCGAAUUCAAUCGACGUGGUUGGCGCCGACGGGCAGUCAUCUCAGGUAAGCGCCCGCAACAUCAUUGUCGCCACCGGCGCGCGCCCACGGAGCAUCCCGCCGCUGCCGGUUGACGGCCAGCGCAUCAUUACCAGCCGCGAGGCCAUCGUGGCGGAAGACGUGCCCGCAUCCAUCGCCAUCGUGGGCGGUGGCGCGAUCGGCGUCGAAUUCGCCUACGUUUACCGUAUGUAUGGUUCCAACGUAACGAUCAUCGAGUUGUUGCCGCGCCUGGUUCCCAAUGAAGACGAGGAAAUCAGCCAGCAACUGGAACGGGCCUUCGGUCGCGAUGGCAUCGAGUUGAAAACCGGCGCCGGCGUCACCGCAGCCCAGGCCGACGCUUCCGGCGUAACGCUGACCAUCGAGAAAGACGGCGCCACCGAAACCGCGCGCUUCGACAAGGUUCUGGUAGCCAUCGGCGUGCAACCCAAUACGGAAGAUCUGGGCCUGGAAGCGUUGGGUGUAGCCACCGAUCGGGGUUACAUAACUGUGGACGACCAAAUGGCCACCAACGUGCCCGGCGUUUAUGCGGUCGGCGACGUUACUGGCAAAUUGGCCCUGGCCCACGUCGCGUCCGCCCAGGGUGUCACCGCAGUUGAAUCCAUCGCCGGCGAGGAAACCCAGCCGCUGGACUACUCCCUGAUGCCCAGGGCCACCUAUUGCCAUCCCCAGGUAGCCUCAAUGGGAUUGACCGAAGCCCAGGCUCGGGAGCAGGGCUACGAAGUGAAGAUCGGGCGUUUCAACGUGCAGGCCAGCGGCAAAGCAGUCGCGAUGGGUGAAAACGACGGCCUCGUCAAGCUGGUCAUAGACGCCAAAUACGGCGAACUACUGGGCGGCCACAUGUGCGGCCCGGAGGUUACCGAGCUUCUUGGAGAACUGUCCAUGACCAAACUGUUGGAGGGCACUACCCUGGAACUUGGUUGGGCCGUGCACGCCCACCCCACCAUUGCUGAAAUGUUGCACGAAGCCGCUCUGGACGCCGAGGGUCGUGUGUUGCACAUGUGA